AUGUACCUAUUUUCUUCUCACUAUUUUUGUAUCCACACGACAUUUCUUUUCAUUCAAUAUCUAUCACAAUCUGCCCCUAUCUAUCUAUCUAUCUAUCUAUCUAUCUAUCUAUCUGCCUCUGUACCUCAGUUAAUUGCGGUCUGUUUCUAUCUAUCUGUCAACGGCAGUCUCUUUCUUUCUCUCUCUCUCUCUCUCUCUAUAUGUGUUCCUAUCUAUCUCAAAGCUGCUUGGGGUUUAAUAAACCGGCUCUUGAACCAACUGGCACGUGUUUCUCUCGCAGCUCGCAAUUCAAGCGGUCUGGUUCCUCCUUCUCUCUCAUCUCACUCGUCUGUAUUCAUGGACUCUCGCAUCCCUCCCUCGAAGAGUGGUGGUGGCAGAAUAUCGAUCCGCCCAACUCAUUCCAUCACCGCCCAAAGUGUGCAGGCAAUUCCUCUGUCUUUCUUGAAAUUCCACCUGGGCCUUUUACCUGUCUCUUUGCCUCCUGAUCAAACCUGCCCCUGA